AUGAUGGCCGCAGAAAAGACGACAGAUUCCCCACUUGCUGCUGCUGCGAUGCAAACAUCGUCGCGAGAAAGAUGGAAUCAACCGAGCACGAACGUCAUCCGUGUGGCGGCCACCUUCUGGAGCCUUCUCAAUUUGGGCAUAUUUGAUGCCGCAUAUGGACUCCAGUCAUUCUACGACAUCAACUACAUUACCGUAUCCCUGGUGUUCUUUUCGCCAUUGAUCGGGUACGUCUCCUCGGGAAUCCUAAACACCAGACUCCAUAACGCCCUCGGCCAGCGCGGCCUGGGUGUUCUGUGUGGCGGCACCCACAUGCUGUCUGCCAUCAUCAACGUCUUGCACCCGCCAUUCCCUGUCCUUGUCGUCUCCUUCAUGCUGGGGGGCCUAGGGAAUGGCCUGUCCGAUGCGGCAUGGAACGCAUGGAUAGGAAAUCUAGACCAGUCCAACGAGCUGCUCGGGUUUUUGCACGCGGCUUAUGGUGUAGGGGGAGUCGCCAGUCCUCUGAUCGCCACCGCCAUGAUCACUCGUGCCGCGCUGCCGUGGUACACAUUCUACUACUUUGUAAUAGGCAUAUCCGUCGUUGAAAUACUCGCUCUGACCGGGGCCUUCUGGAACCACACUGGCCUUCGCUACCGGGAGCAGAUGGCUUGCUCGCCAGGGGCCCACGAAAAGUCCGCCAGCAUACGCAGAGUCCUGACGAAGCAACCCGAAGCACGUAUCGCCUGGCUCUCGGCGCUGUUUGUGCUCGUUUACAUCGGCGUUGAGGUCUCACUAGGAGGCUGGAUCGUGGAGUUCCUGCUCCAUGUUCGCAAGGGCGAGGCCUUCGCCAGUGGCAUGGGUGCCACAGGAUAUUGGCUGGGCAUAACACUCGGCCGCAUUUUGUUACCAUUUGUGACCAACCUCAUAGGUCUCAAGAUAGCAGUGACUGUCUAUCUUACUGCCGCCAUGGCGGCCGAAUUGGUCUUUUGGCUGGUCCCCAACUUUUAUGCGUCAAUCAUCGCAGUCGGCCUCCAGGGUUUCUUCAUCGGGCCCAUGUUUCCGCAUGCCAUUUCCGCUGUCACCAGCUUGCUGCCUCAACAUCUGCACGUCGUGGUGAUCGGAUUCGUAGCAGCCUUAGGCGGCUGCGGGGCCUCUUUGCUACCCUUCGCCGUGGGAAUGCUGGCACAACGGUUCAGCGUGACAGCCUUACAGCCUUUCAUUCUCGCUUGCUUGGGGCUUUCAUUGAUCAUUUGGUUGUUUAUACCCCAUGCAAAGAGAGGCAAAGCCUUCUUCUAG